UCCGGCGGGGAUUGGGAGGAGGCGAUCAGGGUCUGCGCUCAAUUGGCCGAGUUCUACAAACAGGAGAGGGCAGAUUUUGCCCGGCUAAGCAAAAUUCUGUUCCCCGACGCCAAGGUCGUCUCCAACGUGGCCAGUCCCGACGUACUCGACGCUGCCAUUCAAGAGGGCGAUGACGAAACACCCACCAUCUACCUUAUAAGCAACCUCAAUCCAGAGCCCGAACUGCCGCCGGAGCUGAAGACCUUCGCUCACCGCUUCCCCCCACCCUAG